AUGACCUUCACCAAAAAGAUUGGCCGCGCCCGCCAGUGGGCCGGCGAAAAGAUGGGCGCCGACAAGACGUCCCAGUCGGACGAGUUUCAGAUGCUCGAGGCGGAAAUGGCCUCGCGCCAGCACGGCAUGGAGAGCCUCCAAAAGUCGGCCUCCAUCUACGUCAAGUGGGCGACGCGGCGCUGCGACGCGCUCGAGGACAAGGGCCGCAGCCUGCCCAACACGCUCCUGGGCCGCUCCAUGACGGUGCACGCCAACGACUUUGAGCCGGACUCGGAGUACGGCAACUGCCUCGCCCACGUCGGCCGCGCCAACGAGCGCAUCGCCGACCUGCACAGCACCUACAUCGAGGACUUUACCGCCAGCUGGCUCGAGCACGUCGAGCGCGGCGUCGCCAUGAUGAAGGAGUACCAGGCCGCCCGCAAGAAGCUCGAGAGCCGCCGCCUCGCCUACGACGCCAGCAUGGCCAAGAUGCACAAGGCCAAGCGCGACGACUUCCGCGUCGAGGAGGAGAUGCGCGUCUGCAAGACCAAGUUUGACGACUCGAGCGAGGACGUGCUCCGCCGCAUGCAGGACAUCAAGGACACCGAGGCCGACAACAUUGCCGCCCUAUCGUCGCUGGUCGACGCCGAGCUGAGCUACCACGAGCGCGCCGCCGACGAGCUGCGCCGCGCCCGCCAGUCGCUCGCCAACCUGAGCCCCAUGGCCGCCUCGCCCCCGAGGGAGCGGGAGAGCUUCGUGCCCCGCGCGCGCUCCAACACGGCCCGCUCCUGGCAGUCGGCCAACGGCAGGGCCGACGACGACGCGCCCCCGAUGCCCGCACGCCUGCAGACGCGCCUCCAGGUGCUGCCCGCUCCUCCGCCGCCCCCGCAGCCGCCCAGGCCCUCGAUGGCACGGGCCUCGACGUACGGGCCCCGAAGCGUGUCGGGCUCCAACAGGGCGCCCCCCGCGCUGGCGCGGAACCCCACGGACAUGGCCGCGUACGGCAGAGGCGAGGACGUCUUUACCGACGACGAGUCGGUGGGCAGCGACGGCGUGAGCCCCGGUUGGGGCAACCGCAGCGCCAGCUCAACCACCAGCUACGACAGUCUGUCACGAGUGCACAGCGGGGUGGCCAAGAAGGGCCCGCCGCCGCCGCCGCCCGUCAACAGGGCGACGAAGCCGCCGCCACCGCCGGUGCCGGCACGCAGGGCAAACCUGGGCUACUAG